GUUUGGGAGUUGCACCAGCAACGAGAGUGGUCUUAGCUCAGACCAGACGACUUCGGUACGCCAUGGCCUGCGUGAAAACUGGGAGCCCCGAGGACUCCAUGCGAGCGAUGGGGAUCUUCUUGGUGAGGCGGCGAGCCGAGGCAGCGGAGAAGGGAACGCCCAAGAGCUUCCCCACACUCCGCCAGGAGUGGUUUGCUUUGUCGCCCGAGCAGCAGGCAGCCUUCGAAGAAGAGGCUCGAAGCCUCAGGAGAACUACGGCGGCCGAUGCCAAGGAGGUGUUGAAGCGACAGGAAGAGGCUUCAAUGCUGCGCAAACCAACGCCGGUGAAGGCGCAGGAGGGCAGCAAAAAGAGGUCUCGUGAGAAGGUGGAGGCCAUGCCGACGCCCCAAUUCCCAGUGAGGCAAGACUCGCGACGGGGCAGCGGUGAAGCCGGAGAGAAAUGGUCAGGGACUAGCAAGGCGGCGGCGCGGCGGCCCGAGACAGCCAGAGGGCCUUCGGACCUCAAGAGCGCCGCUGCCAAGCUGUUGAGCCCUCGCUUCUCCUUCGACUGGGCCGACGACCUCGAGGCGGAGUUGCACGUGGCCCCCGCGGAGGAUCAAGACCUGAGGAAGCUGCUCAGAGAGGAGUUGCAGCGGAGCAUCUCAGAGAAGGAGGCUUUGCGUGCACAAGCGUGAGGAGGACCUGCCUCGCCCUGCCUUUUAUUUGCCCUGCAGGAGUUUUGGGUGCCCUGGUGGGGUCGAUCAUGAGACCAUCAUCCUUUUUCAGUGGGUUUGGAUGGUUUGGACCGAGAAAUUACAAAAGCUCUAGGUCCUCGAGUAGACGAACCAUCGAUGCAAGAUUCCAAAGUCGACGAGAUCGCUGGCAGGGUGCCUAUUGGUUGCUGGUUUUUGACGAUGCCAGGGUUCCAGGUGAAGGAAUGCGUUAGAAGAUGUUAGAAGCCUUGAACAAUCAUAGAACAUGUGAAUGGACGCAUUUUGCACAUGAAGGCAUGGGGUCGGAGGCUGGCACCUCUGAUGCUACACAUGUGUGUCUCUGGCCAGGAAGAGUGAAGUUGCAUGCUGCUAAUCCACAGGUUUGACGACCUGUAAUUCAGGGCUUUGGGCAUUUAUUGGUCUGGGUGAGGGAGUGCUUUGUGC